AUGCGUUUCGUCCUCUACGAGAAGGCGGGCACACUUGUGCCAAGCUCACAUGAUGAUGGAGCCGCGGUUGGGUCUAUAGUUCCUCUUGGGGCUUUGGUCCAGCAGCUCAAUUGUACGCUUACAUGGAGCAAGGAUGAUGGUUUGGUUAUUAAUCACCCCUCCUACGGCAAGAUCGCAGCUCAGACAAUUGGCAAUUGUCCUGUGAUUUCUGAGGCCCAGGCGCUUAGCCUGAUUGCCGAGUUGGAGCAAGCAAAGGUGAAUGAGCUAGAGGGCCACGUGUCAGAUGGCCAGCUUCGUGUCCUCAAUUGGGACCUCGAGGAGUUGAGGAGCUGGGAAGGUGCAAUGGCUACCUAUGUGGCGACUGGGAAAAGGCACCAUGGAUUGGAGGCCUUGAUGAUGCCGUCUUUUCCUUUUGGUCAAAUUGAUGAGUCGAUUCGAGGCUUGUUGGUGGAGGACGUGGACCUCUCAGAUCAAGCUGGGUGGAACUACUUGAAGGCUAUGCCAAUUCGAAGAGCUAUGAGGAAACGGCUUUUUCGAACUUCGUGGAUUGUCCACUUGUAUGCAGGGCCCUACGACAAGAAGUCCGACAACUUGAAGGUCACCGAAAGGGAUGGUGUUACCGUGCUGGAGCUGGACAUUCUUAGAAGCAGCCUGUUUUCUUUGAGAGGGCAGAGUUCAGCUUACAAGCUUCUGUUGUGGGCUGCGCUUCGAGGUCAAAUCGUUAGCGUGGUGGGUGGCCCGCCGAGGGACAGCGAGUCUAUGGAGUUGAUUUAUAAGCAGUUGUUUCUAUGGACAGCGGCGGACAAGGCAAUGAGAAUGAUGCGGUUGCCAGCCCCCGGCUUCAUGAUGGAGCUUCCUGAAGGCCAUGGUUUUUGGAAGUCGGAAGUUUGGAGCAAGUGGAGCCACGGUUUACGAAUGCCAUCCUGCUACGUCUCAGCGGGGAUCAACGAAGGUCAGUACAAGGUGGCCACGAACCUCGAUUUCUACAAGGCCCUACCGGUUGAAAGGGCAGCCUCAAGGGAUGUGCCAACCUGGUCCCCUUCUUCAUGGACAACAACCUUCAAGGACCAGAUUUGCGAUGCCUUGCAAGCUUGGUACAAGGAACCAGAUCUACCACGACUUGUACGAAUGCUGGCCAAGUUUGAGGGCAACUACGACGAGAUGAGCCUUGCAGAUUUGAAGAAGUGGGCUCUACAUGUUCGAAAUGGGCAUGUGCCUUUUCAUCCUCGUUGCCAAACUUGUGUAUCAACGAGGGCGACUGGAAGGAGACAUCAACGCGUCCGAUCACCGUCCUCCUAUGUUCUCUCCCUUGACAUCUCCGGUCCCUACCGCGUGAAGGGUGAAACUGGAACUCGCAAGGACUUCCGCUACGUUCUUGUCGGCGCCUUCAUGAUCCCGAAGAUCUACAAGGACUUGAAGGAGGGUGACGGCGAGAAAAGGAACGAGGAAGGUGCGAGAGAUGAGGCCAACGGCACCAGUAUGAAGGAGGACUUUGAGUGUUCAGAGUAUGAGCCUUCGGAGCCUGGAAGUGUGCUCAAGGAGGGCGUUGUGACAGAUGAGGUUGAAAGGGACGAAGUUGAGGGUGGAAUUGGCGACUUCGGCGACUACGAGGACUUGUUCGAGGAGGCCAAGGUGAGUUAUGACUACGUCAAGGACCCACUUCCUGAGGAGGAACUUGACAAGACCAACAAGGAGUUUUGGGAUGUCUACAAGGAAGUGGGCGACCCUCCUCAGAUGCAAGUGCUGCAGUAUGCCAUACCGCUGGUUACGCGACGGUCGUCUGAGGUCAACGCUGCAAUCAGAACAAUGAUCUUGAAGAUCAAGGCAGAGGGAUUUCCAGUGGUUCGAUGCCAUUCAGACAGAGCGAGGGAGUUAACGAGUGACUCUCUAAGGGCCUGGCUCGUUGAACGGGAUAUACUCCCAACUACGGGAGAGGGCCAAGCGCCGCAGCAGAACGGCCGGGCUGAGGCUGUUGUCAAGGGCCUGAAGGGCCGACAUGCGUCUGGUUUGCCAAGACAACUGUGGCCGAUGGCUAUGACCUACGCGGCGUUUGCUCAACGAGAAACGGCAUUCAACAGACAAAAGAGCCUCCUCCCUUUUGGCACGCCUACACAUAUUCGUACGAAGGUUUAUGGGGCUGGUGGGAAACACGACCUGGAAUUGAGAUGGGCCAAGGGCCGUUAUGUUGGGCCAGCUCAAGAUAUUCCUCGCGGAAGUGUCGUUCGGCUGGAUGAGGGUGGCUAUGUCACUUCGGUCCACCUUCGUCCACAUCUUGUGGACGCAGACCACCUGGUUGAUUUGGUUCCCCAUGAAGUCGACUUGGACUUCUCAGAGUCUGUGCGAGCAAGAACGAAGGAGAAAACAACACCUACCACGAGGGCUGCUCCCCGACUACCACCAGGCGCUUAUCCUACCGGGCGGAUAUCUUCGUUGCAGAUGAGGCCUCUUACCGAAGAGGAGGAGAAGGCUGAGUCGUUGGCCAAGCAGCUGGAAGAAGACAAGCUGUAUGGUGUGGACAAUGUCUUGAAGCUGUACGAGAAGCUUGAAGCCUCAAGGCAGAAGAGCAGCCGAGGGGGAUCAUCUAUGUGGUUCACGGGUGCUUUUGUUAGAGGAGGAAAGGCUGGCUUGAGACUGGGAACUACAAGAAUGCCUUGGUCUACCAGAUAUCUGAUUGGAGCAGCGCGGCAUCUGACAGGCUACGAGGACUUCACAGCAGUUGGUGUGGCUAGAAACCCCAAGUUCGGCUACCACAAGGACAGCCACAAUGAGGAGGAGGCGGACAAUGUGGUGGUCGGACUCAACGAUGUGAAGACUGGAGGUGGACUGUGGGUACAAAACGAGGAUCUGCAUCAAGCUGAAGCGGACUGGCGGCAAGUGACCAAGAAGGUUAUGUGCAAGGGAGAAGUUCGAGCUUUGGGACGGGGAGACGUCACGAGGUUUGCGCCGAGGUUGUGGCAUGGUGCAGAGCCCCAUGAAGGAGACCGCUAUAUCAUGAUCACGUACACCCCUCGAACCAGGGCUUUGUCAAGAGAAGACAAGGAGGUCUUGGGAAGCCUUGGCUUUACUUCUCCAGCACUACGUGAAGGAGAGCAAUGUGCGCCGACUACAACAUCAGCAUCUACAGGUCAGCUCGACUCACUCACCGCAGAGGAAGGUCGUGGUGACGAGGACUUUAGAGUUAGAAGCACGCCGACUACAACGUCAGCAUCUGGUCAGCUCGAAUCACUCACCGCAGAGGAAGGUCGUUUAUAUUUGAUUGAUGAGCACAGCGCUGGAGGUCCUUUAUAUCCAGAUGAUGAGCACAGCGCUGGAGGUCUCAAGCCAGUUCCUAUAUGGGCACAGGAUUUCAGCUCCGAGGACGAGGUUCAGCAGCCCAAGGUGUGCUUGUUGAAGUCCAAGCAGGAAGCGCAGAUUCCAGAGCUUGAAGGGCCCCUUCGUGCAGUGAUCGAGGACCAAGAAGGCUUGAUCGAAGAGCUAUCAGAGCGGGCAGCUUCUCUCAGGAGACUCCUUGAGGAGGAGGAAAUCUUAGCCGAACAGGUUCGCCGAGCUGGAGAGUCUGUCCAUGAUGAGGCCUCGCAUGUGCGGGACUUGGUGGAGGAUAUGCUCGAUGAGGUAGGCAAGGGCUUGGAGCAUUGUCAAGUGCAACGAGAGCUGCGGUGCUUAAAGGCGAUUCAAGCUGGGGAGCAGACUACCGAGGAGCCAGACUACGAAGCACUUCUAGAAGGACUACAGCGAGACCUAGAAGUUGUUUAUACGGUUCCGCUGAAUCAGGUCAAACCCGUUGUGGAGCGUUGGCGAGAUGCUAUCUCUGCAGAAGUGACUGGGCUCUUCGAAGGCACCCUCAGGAGCAUCACCAUCGAAGAAGCGCGGCAACUGGAGAAGCAGGGGCGCUUAAAGCUGGUGCCGAGCAAAUCGGUGUGCACGCUUAAGCCCCCGAGUGAGCCAGGGUCCAAGAAGCGGUAUCGUCGGAAGUAUCGGUUGGUGAUCUGUGGAAAUUACAUUGAUCGUCCUGACGGAGCUUCUGGAGAGAGUUUGUACGCCGGUGGGGCGUCAGCCGAAUCACUUCGUGCUUCUCUAGCUUUGGCGGUGAUCUUUGCGUGGACAGCUGGAUCAAGUGACAUCGCAAGAGCAUUUUUACUAGCAGAGUGGCCUGCCCAUAUGCCCCUUUAUGGAGUUUUUCCUCCGCGGCUAUUGCUACAGACUGGACAUGCCAAGCCAGGGGAAAUCUGGCUGAUCCAGAGACCAUUGUAUGGCCUCCGAGAGGCUCCAGCAAUUUGGGCAGCUUUCCGAACAGACAAGUUGAAGGCCGCCAAGAUUGACCUUGAAGAUGGGACCUGGUUGGCGUUGGUUCAGUCAGUCGUUGAUCCAGAAGUGUGGUUGGUGAAGCAGAGGUCGGCUAGCGAUGAAGCUGGAAUUCUGGUUGGGCUACUGGUCACCUAUGUCGAUGACCUUCUGUAUUUGAGCAAGCCUUGGAUUGUGCAGAAGCUACAUGAUUGGAUUUCCAGUAUGUGGCCUACGUCCGUGUUGGCUUGGGCAACAGAUACAGAGGGUUUGAGAUAUUUGGGGGUGGAAGUCCAACAGUUAAAGGACGGCACCUUCAAGCUUGGCCAGGCUGGUUACGUGAAGGAUGUCUUACGUGGCCAUGGGAUGCUGGAUGCGAAACCUACAUUCUUGCCAGCGCCAAAGGAAUGGCUGGAUGAGGCAGCAGCCUCAGAGCGAGCCCCCGAAGAGCAUUCGGAGGCCCAGCUGAAGCACGCACAGCGUGUAGUGGGAGAGCUGAUGUGGCUCACUAUGCGUACUCGCCCGGAUCUCCUGUUCGUGACGAGCUUCAUGGCGAGCUUUGCCACGAAGCUUCCACUCUUGGUGGCAAGGGUUGGGGCGAGAGUCCACUCGUACUUGGCGGCAACCAAGGAUGUCACCCUCCAUGUGAAAAAUCGGGAGGCGGCGCAAGCAGCGACACUGCUAGAAAGCAUUGGGGUUCUCCUGGACGAGAUCGCGGGUGCAAGAGUGCAUCGACUUUUGCGAGUGGACAACAGUGCCGCGGUGUCCCUCCUAGGCGCCUAUCAACUGGCCGACCUGGCAACAAAGGUCCAGACCCGUGCUAGGAUCAGUGACUUGAUGCGGUUGUGGGGCUUUGAUGGUUAUCCUGCUGCGCCGGGCUACAUCGAGUGCGUGAAGCUUGCUUUGUUGCUAUGUAUCCUUUGUGCGGUGCCUAUCGCAACGGCUGUGGAUCCAGAAGAGCAUGUGAAAAAGGAAGCUUUACCAGCAAGCGAGUGGAGCGAGUUGCUUGUUUUCACGGGCGUUGUUUGUGUGAUCACAAUUGGGCUGUGGGAGAUUGCCAAGCUGGAGCGCAUCCGUGAGACGGCUGCUGUGGAGACUGAGCGAGAGCUACAACGAGUCGAGGGUGCUUUCCUCGGCGAGGGCUCCAGCGACUUCUCCCCCGUCGAGUCCGAUGCCACAGACAUCGCCUACUACGUCGUCCCCGAGCUGGGAACAACCCAGGCCUACGACACCGGAAGGAUCGUGGGCCAGACUACAGAGCUGGUAUCGAGACUCAAGAUGAUCUUCAAGAUAGACCACAGAUGCCCAAUGGUGUUCCAUCAGCUGGUCAACCACAGCGCGCUGACAGACAUGUGGCUGAGCAUCGUGAUGAUGAGACUCAGUCCAGGAGUCGAGGCGGUUGAGGAGGAGUUCGUGAUGACCUCUACAACCUCGUCUCCUGACCGGAGGGGCGGGCGAAUGAGAGCUCAGGAGGAAGCUACGUGGGGUUUUUCCAGGUGUGGUUACAGCACAAGCUCCACCACCAAGGGCGUUACCACCACCGAUGGCGAAGUCUUCUCCUAUGCAGCAAGGGGCCCCUGGAGGCCCCCGACCCAGCAGCGACCUCAUGAUGCAGUGUCCUCGAGCAGCUCGGGGCACCAAGAAAUGGUGGCGGAGGAGGUUCGUCGUCAGGUUCAAGGUGCCCUACAAGCACGCGAUGCAAGUAUGAAGGCCUUGGUGGAAGAGAACGAAGAGCUAAAGCGGAUGUUGGUGGUGCAAAACAGGGCGCUUGAGGCGCAGAGGGAGACAGGUCGGCCGAUGUCAAGGCCGUCGCCACCUCCAUUCUCUCACGGAGGAGUCGUUGGAACUGAUGGACCGGAUGUGGGACGCAUUGGUAAUCCAGGGCUGGAGAGAUUGGGAGAUUGUGGUCGCCUAGGUGGUCUUCCAGAAAACAGCCAAAGCGGACCUUUGCCUGGAGACGGUCAGGAUGGAGCAGCAGGUGAUCAGGGUUAUCCCUGUGCCCCAGAUGGCCAGCUGGGACCGGAAGGAAGUGGAGGAGGAAACACAUGGGGGCUUCCGUCUGAGGGAGUCAAUGCGCCUUCGUCUACAAACCGCCGGGAAGGACCGCCACAAACAAGUGCCACCGAGCCACUUCAGCUUCUUGUGCAAGGUAUGCGCCAACUGCAGCAGGCCUACUUGGAGAAGAAGGACGGCCCAGAGCAGGAGGUGAUCAAGGGCGGCAUUGAGCUGCCAAAGCUACCAGAACCUCACGCCGAUGGAGGUGUGGAGUUUCAAGAUUGGGUCUACAUGACAGAGCAGAUGGUGGGUUCACUGACGGACAAGGCGGGUGCGUGGUACAUGGCUACGCUGGUGUGUGCCAAGGAAGCGUUUGCGCGUUACCAGGCUGCCACUCCGUUGGACAGGCUCAACAUAGCCCCUAUCCUACCGGGCCAGCUCAGGGCAAAGCUUUGGGAGCGUUUGGAUCGCAGAGUGCUCACGUUGGUGUUAGCAGCAAUGCCACGCCAGGCCAAGGAAGAUGCUGUUACCCAUAGGGUGAAGACAACGGCCGAUGCCUUGUUCAGGCUGUAUGUCCUAUAUCAGCCAGGAAGCACGACGGAGCGCGCAGCGGUGUUGAAGCUACUUGAAGGAGCCCCAGCUGGAGAAAACCCGGAAGAGGCAGUGACUGCCUUGAGGAGAUGGAGAAGGCACCUCAAUCGUGCAGUCGACAUGGGCAUCACGCCACCCGACGCUUCCCUCCAGCUACGAGGACUUGAUUUGAUCAUCGCCAAGGUGGUUGAGCGAGAGACCGUGUUGCAGUUCUAUGACCACGCUCUUGCGGAGAUCCAGCAGCUUGCGCCUCUCAAGGGGAAGUCUCAAGGACCCAGCAACACCCAAGGCCGCAGCAGUGCUGGCUGCUCCCCAGUCAGCGACAUCUUCUAUGACUUCAGCGGCCACUCAGCUACAGACUGCGUUGGCCUCGGCUUCCUCUACAAUGCCCCAGCAAAGCACACAGUCCUCAACCUUGGAUUCUACAGCAGCGGCAGCCCCCUUGACUACGACCUCAGGCCAACCUACAGGAACGUCGCAGCAUGA